UUCUGUCCCUCUAAAGUCACGAUUCGUUUAUCUCUAGAUAUAAAUAGAUUAAGACUGCCGCAUAAUUGGUAAUCGUAACAUGUUAGCUGAAAAGCAUGGACAGACAUCAUGCAAUAUUUUUACUAUUAGUGUUCCAGAUAUGUGUUGCCAAAAUAGAUUCACUAAGCUGUUUGUUUUGUCAGAACAUUGAUGAUCCCUUCCAGUGCAACAUCACUGUGUCCUGUCAAAGUUUACAAGUAUGUUUUCUUCACGAGAAAGGAGGUAUAUACAAUAUGGGCUGCACAGGUAGUCAGCAAUGUGGUGGUGUUGCCGGAGCGGGACCUGGUAUUGUAGGACGUAGUGUACAAAAGAAACAGUCUUCUGAAUGUCACGAAUGUUGUUCUACUGAUUCCUGUAACUCUUUACUGUGUCAACACUCGAAACCGACCAGUUGUCGAAAUGAUGAGACUGUUGACUGUGCAAAGAUGAAUUCCCUGUUUCACAUCUGUGCUGACAUUCAUCAAGCUAGUUUGGUGUGCCCACAGUUUUGUAACCUUUGUGGAGUGGUUGAUGGCAACUGGGGCGCAUGGUCAUCAUGGUCAGGCUGUGACGUCACAUGUAGUACAGGAUCUCAAACAAGAUUUCGAAUUUGCUCGGAUCCUGCUCCUGCAGGCGGCGGUCUUGAUUGUGUUGGAAAAGCCUCUGACACAAAGAUCUGCAAAAACGAUGCUUGUCCUGUUCAUGGCGGAUGGAGUCAAUGGACUACAUGGGGAUCGUGUUCAGUCACAUGUGGCGUCGGCAUGCAAAGAAGGGACAGAUCGUGUUCAAAGCCUUACCCAACUUUAUUUGGCGACCAUUGUUUUGGUGAUUCCAGAGAUGAUAGAGUAUGCAUACCUGGAGCUUGUUCAGGUAUUAAUAUAGAUAAAUACUGACAAUUAUUCUAUUGCCUUGAAUUGCACUAUUUUAUCUUGUGUUGCAAUGUUUUCUUUCUGUAUUGGACAAUGAAAUGUCCUGUAUAUUCUGUAUAAGAUGUAUGAGUAUGUCUUCUUCAGUGCAUGC